AUGUCUCAGUCAUAUUCGCCUUCACCUUCCAGUCGAGGCGGCGAUAGUGAUAAGACUAACGAAGACCAGAUCUUCGACACCGAGCCGUUCUCUGUCAACUCUUCAAGCACCGAUUACUGCUCUUCACCUGCAAUCCAUCCUCUCGAGUCAAGCCCCGUGCACUCUGAAGAUGGUAUGGAGACAUCUCCAUAUAGAGCCGAUGCUCCAGAUUCCCCUUGCCAAGCCCCCAGCCGAUUUUGCUCAGAGUCAACAUCCUUCAUAGAGGAUUACAUCGCACUUGGAUCAAUCCGCCUUAUUCGAAAUACAGAAAAUGCACCUGAUGAUGGUUGGAGAAUGGUUGGAUCUGCUGGAGAAGUCAAAUAUCCCCAUGCUCUACUGGCAUUGGGCGAGAAGCGGCUGUGGAUUAAAACUUCACUUCUUCAACACGCCAGUCUGCCAGAAUGUGCCUCCUUGAGAGUUUAUGCACUACCAGAAGAUGUCAAACGAAGUACUCGAGGCUCGAUCAAGGAUCUUAGGAAGGUUCUGAAACUCCUCAUCGAUUUCGUCGACAUUUCUCGCGAAACUUGGAACGCCAACUACGACCAGGCGUCGCUGUUGCAAACUUAUAAGCGACCAGAUGACUUUCAGGAUGACUCUCUCUUUUAUAUUUUCAAUACCCUAUCCCCGCCCCACGUUUCCCUAGACAAUGCAGGCUCUUGUCUGGACAACCAGAGGUCGAUGCGUGACAUUGUUAUGAACAACAUAAACGGUCUCCAGACUUCCUUGUACCCCUAUCAAACGCGGUCGGUGGCCGCCAUGCUCCAAAGGGAAGCAAAUCCCUCUAAUGUCCUCGAUCCACGAAAGCAGUGUUUCCGAGACCUUCAUGGCACAAAGUUCUAUUUUGAUGUCUACGAAGGCGUCCUUGUUCGCCAUUCUCACCUCUACAGUGAAUGCCGUGGUGGUAUCCUCGCAGAGACCAUGGGCUACGGCAAAACCCUGAUAUGCAUCGCUUUGAUCCUAGCCACUAGAGGACACUAUCCUGCCAUCCCAGAGGCCAGAGUGAACGCCAUUACCAAGAAGCUCAACGAACGAACGCCAAGCUUGCUUGACCUUGCAGCAAAAACGAUCAAACAAUCCCGUGUGCCAUGGAAAUCCCAUUUUUCGAAGCUCACGAAAGAAGGAUAUCAUUUCGACAGCUGCACAGAUGCCCUAUCGAGGUACGAUGGCGAGUACGCUGAACCUAACUUCCACCCAACAACGCCAGAUCGACGAGGCAAGAAAAGAGAAGAUUUUCGGGUAUUGCGCCUGGCGUGUACAACAUUGUUAAUUGUUCCGCCUAAUCUUCUGAUCCAGUGGCGACAUGAAAUAGACAAGCAUACAGAAGCAGAUGCACUUGAUGUGUUGGUCUUAGACUCUACAACGGGAGACAUACCUCAUUGGAGGGAACUGAUGAAGCACGACAUAGUUCUGAUCACCAAAGCACGCUUUGAGCAAGAAUACAGGGACGAUGAUCUCAACCAAGGGAGACGAUUCAAGGGCGAGGAGAAGUUUCGGUCUCAACUGACUGAAGUUCGAUGGCUGCGCGUCAUCUGCGACGAGGGACAUGGCUUCGCAGGCUCAAAUUACCGGACACAUGCAAUUGCAAUGUUGGAUAAGAUGUCUAUUGAACGCCGCUGGGUCGUCUCUGGCACGCCAUCCCAUUCGCUCCACGGUGUCGAGGUCAAUCUCGCGCUCGACGAAACCAACAACGACACGGAGACUUUGCGUAAACACUCCAUCGAAAGAGCUUUGAGACGGAGGAAAGCCAUGGACACUGGGAUUGGAGAGCUCAAAGAUAUGGAACGGUUACGUGCCAUCGUCGUCAGAUUUCUCAAAAUGCAACCCUGGGCAAACCAGAGAGGCGCCGAUUACGCCGAUUGGAAAAGAUAUCUCUCUCCUUUCGAUGCCUCCGGCAAGCGCCGUUUUGCUCCAGCUCUGCGAGUGUUACUGCAGUCUCUCAUUAUCCGUCACCGAAUUGAGGAUAUCGAUGUCGACCUCUGCCUUCCUCCCUUGCGAAAUACGACCGUCUACCUAGAACCGAGCUACUACGACAAGCUUAGUAUGAACCUUUUCAGGCUAGUUCUUACUUCCAAUGCAAUUACUUCGGAAAGAGUGGACGAAGAUUACAUGUUUCAUCCGAAGAAUCGCAAAUCCCUCGAUGAACUGAUCAACAAUCUUCGUCGAUCCAGCUUUCACUGGGUCGGAUUUACUGAGCACGAGGUGACUGAAACCUUAAGGAUCAGUAAAAAAUACCUGGACGACCACAACACGAUUUCUGAUGAAGACUGUGCGCUUUUAAGCGAAGCAAUCUUAAACGGCGAACGAGCCUUGAAUGACUCUGGCUGGCGUGCAUUUUCUUUCUAUCACGAAAUAGGCGCCUAUAUCGAAGAAUUUCCCCAAGAGGCUGCGGAGGCCUGGGCGUUAAACGGCGAGCUUGCCAACCCUCUCCUCCUCGGAACCGUUCAAGCUCGUGAAGUCCAGAAACAUGUGCUGAACCAUCUGGAACUCGACUACCUCGACAUGGGACUCUCCGGGGCCGGGCUUCACGCGAUGUUUGCUGCUCGCGAACGAGCAAUGGUAGAGCGGCAAGCCAGAGACCAAGUUCGCUCGAGAUCGAACGGAAAGAAGCCUCCUACAGCGGGGGCAACAGAGAAACCCAAGGUCAGAAAUAAGUCGGCCGGCCCCCCCACUGUCCGGUCUUCGACAAGAGAUAUCACUCCCGACAUUUUACAUUGCCCAAGGAAGCGACUUUUUUCGAUAAACGAUGCUCCCCUCCCCGCGCCCUUGGCCAAAUCACGCGUUGCUGGCUUCACAUCCGCGAAGCUCAAUUACCUUUGCUCACGUAUCCUGGCACUACACUCAACGGAGAAGAUUAUCGUCUUCUACGACGCGAACGACAUGGCCUUCUGGAUCGGUGAGGCCCUGGAACUAUUGUCCGUCAAGUUCCUCAUCUACGCAAACACGCUCUCGGUGACACGCCGCGCGGUAUACCUUGCUACGUUCAACCAGUCAGAGGUGUUUCGCGUUCUCCUCAUGGAUCUUAAGCAAGCCUCUCAUGGCCUCCACGUGGCUACUGCUAGCCGCAUCUUCAUCGUGUCGCCUAUAUGGCAACCUGACGUCGAAUCGCAGGCCAUCAAGCGUGCGCACCGAAUUGGCCAAACGCGUCCUGUAUACGUCGAAACGCUUGUUCUGAGAGGCACCCUGGAGGAGAAAAUCCUCCAUCGACGUCGACAAAUGAGCAAUGCCGAGUUGGUCAAGGCGGAGAAAAGCCUCCUGGACGACGGCAUGAUGAACGGAAUUGUCCGUGGGGAGGGCUUUUUGAAGAUUGCCGACGGUGAGAAGGAGCAGAUGAGAGGAGGGAGGCUAGACGUACCUGUCCCGCUGUUCGUGAGACGUGAUGGCCCAGACGGCAUAGACGAUGGAGGGGACAAUGAUCUGAUCCUGGAUUUGGAGGACGAGCUACCCCCAAAGAAGAAGAAGAAACUCGAGAGCAAGGAAAAGCGAAGAGAAAAUGGCAAUACGGUCACGCUUGCCUCUGGCCCAAAUAAGGCGGUCGCUCCCUCCUCGUCGGGGCCUUCACGUGGACUCUGGCCGUCGGCACCACGCGCCCAUACCUCGAUAUUUGGCGCUGGGCCGCCACAGCAGGAUAAAGAAAAGCCAAAGAAGAGCGUGCGCUUGGUGGUGGAAGUACCACAACCAUCUUCAUCUCGAAAUCCCGGACCAGCCGGUUGA